AUGGAUCUAGGAACCGCCAUGCCUAGGUCCGGAGGUGAACGCAUUUAUCUAGAGCGAAUUUUCAAAAAGCCAUACAUGCCAGCGACAUGCAUGUUCAUGAGCUAUGUUGUACUUCUUGGUUUCUCUACGCCUAAUUGUAUCGUACUGGGAGAGUACGUGAUGUACAUAUUGGGGAUCGAAGCCAAUCGCUGGAAUGUUCGUCUCGUAGCAGUUGGAGUGAUCAGCGUUAUUUGCUUUAUCCACGCGCAGUGUCAAAAGACCGGAUUACGGAUAAUCAAUAUUCUUGGAGUUGGUAAAAUGGUUAUUUUAGUGGUCAUCAUUCUAUCUGGCAUUGCGGGAGUUUAUAUGGGCGUUGGUUCCUCAUCGUCACCUCUACCUGUUACACCAAGACGACUGCGACCAGAUGGCUACCUUCCAUUCGAUCAGGAAAGGUAUUUCACUACCGCUCAAAAGAACUUCUCAAACCUCUUUGCUGGCUCAUCCACGCAACCCCACGAUUACGCAACAGCGCUUCUCAAAGUCUUAUAUUGCUACCGCGGUUACAGUACGGCUAACCAGGUCUUGGGUCAAGUUCGAAAUCCAAUUCAAACUCUUAAACGCACAGCACCAAUCGCUUUAUUUUUGGUCUCAACCGCAUACAUCUGUGCAAACAUCGCAUACUUCGCAGUAGUCUCACGGGAAGAAUUUAGCUCCUCUGGCGCUCUCAUCGCGGGCCAUUUCUUUCGUAAUGUUUUCGGCCAAAGAGUGGGUGAGAAUAUCCUGCCUCUUCUCAUCAUCAUCUCAGCAUUUGGGAAUAUUGCCGCAACAUCUUUCGCCCAAGCGAGAGUCAACAUGGAAUUGGGUCGAGACGGAAUUUUGCCUAUUGCAAAUUUCUUCAAAAUCCAAAGAGCCAGGGGCAGAGCCGACGCCCAAGCAGAAGAUCAAAAUGCCACACCUGGUCUAUUCCUCCAUUGGCUUAUCUCAGUCCUUUUCAUCAUGCUCCCGCCACCAGGAGAAAUCUACAAUUUCCUUGUGGACAUAGGCGGCUACACGGUGUCUGCUAUAUCUGUAGCUAUCUCGCUUGGCCUUCUAUACCUCCAAAUGACACCUUCAGAAAACUGGAAAGGCCACCACGGUUGCGAAGCGAAGAGAAUAUACACCAUCAUUUUUGCCGCCAGUAAUAUUUUGUUAUUAGUCUUGCCAUGGAUUAAACCUAGCGAGGUUCUAGGUGGUGGUGAGAGAUUUCAGUGGUAUGCCUACCCGUCGACCAGUUUGGCAAUUCUUGGGCUGGGUGUCGUGUACUGGGUUUGGUGGGCGAAGAUUAGACCUAUUGUUUUUUCUGAGGAAGGAAUGGAAUUGUUGAAGGUUCAGCAGAGACGGUACGAUAGUCCUGAACUUAUACCGAUGAUGGGUUCUGAAAGUGGGGAGGAAGAGGACCUUAUUAAUGAGCGGUUGAGGAUGAGACUCUCCGCGGGUUCUUUACAAAACCUGUAUAUGUGA